AUGCAAAUACGCCACAGCUGGUGAUAGCGAACCAAAACAGAAAAUAAGAAAAUCGAAAAAGAUAAUUACAAGCCCUCUCUUAUUUAUAUUUUCACUACCGGACUCUGCAAGUGAUUUUGGGAAUAGCUCUGUGAUCGAGUGAAGUUAAUGACACAGGUACAAAAGGUAAUAUCUGUGUUCUCUUCAUCACCCACAUCGUCAGUGUGUUUGUUGAUACGCCGUUCGAAACACCACACGGAUCGAAUACAUGCUCGCAAGAGUGGAUUCUGGUUUGUAGUAACAAUCCUGCGAGAAAGGUUGGACGUGCAAAACAAAGUGUUUUUUAACUUCUGCUAAUGCAGGCAAAUUUACGGACGUGGUGCUAAUAUAUUGGCCAAAGAAAGAACAUCUCAACAUUUCGUCAUCUUUGUUCCUCCUCUGCCAGUUCAUUGUUUGCCACUGAACCGCGAGGAGUGUUUUUUAAGCUGUACCCUACCGGCCCGAUCGAAAUCAAAUCACAGAAAUGGAAAUUUCGGAUCAAUACGUAACACCACCAGCAGAAGAGUCGAAACCCACUACAUCAGACAGUGAAUCGAUGAUAUCCAGUAUAGAGGACAUCCACAAUUGGUCUUUCGUCACUGACCCCGAUAUGCAAAACGACGGGCAACCGAUAGAAAGUGGAAGCAUUGAGUGUUGCCGCGAAAGUUUCUCCUCUGACAGUAUCAGCGUUAUUAGUGAAGGGGAAGAUCUUCACUUGGAAACGUUCAGCUCAGUGCAGACGAAUACUAGUUCUAUUGAGUUGAUUGAUCACACAGAAAAAUAUGUUGAAAAUUAUCACAAAGCAAUGGCAAGUCAGGAAGCGUUACCAGUACGGAAAAGCGUAAUUUGGACCACUCCACUGGUGCUGGGUGUCGUCCUUGCCACGAACGCUGCUAUUCUGUACGGUCAUUCGAGAAUAUAUCAGAAUGUAAUGAACGAGUUUAAAACCCUUCAGGACAUUAGGGUAUCCGAAUUGAUGAACAGUACUUCCAAAAGUUUGAAAUGCAUUAACGACUUGGAAACAGAAAACGGUCAGCUAAGAGAAGAAAUAGAGCGGCUCAAACGGAUUGACAUUAAAUCCGAGCUGGAGAAGCAUAUCCACCAGACAGUACUUAAACUUUUAUCUGAGCAUAAAUCCAAAAUGGAUGAUUAUCGGGAAACAGUGAGAAAUGCGAAAUACCAUGAAAUUCAAUUCAAAACAUUCCUGAAUAAUAAUUCACCUUCAAAGGAAAUUAAGGAUGAGGCAGCCCAGCCGGAAUUUUGCUAUGAUAAAUAUGCAACACAAGAUGCAACAUUUUCGGAAAAAUGCAAUUUCGGCCAUGAUGACAACGAUCUCAAUAAAAUUCCUCAGGCCAAAACACGACGAGGCCGUAAGCGUCGGCGCAUACUACCCAAAAUUUGCUACAAUAAAUAUGCCACACAGGACGCACUAUUUUCCGAGGAAUGUAACUUCGGAAAGCAUACGAAAGACAAAUCUGAGACUUUCAAAGAUUCCUCAGAACAACUCAAUGACUACUCGAAACAAAAGGUUCUACCCAGCUUCUGCUACAACCAGCGUGUAACCCAGGAUGCUCUGUUUGCGGAAGAGUGCAAUUUUGGAGAAAGCCACGCCAGACACGCCAAACCGAAACUGAUGAAGGCAAAAAAAGCAACCAUUAAACGAAGCCGACAGGACCGGUCACCUCGCGGCCACAACCUGCCGAACGAACGAAAUUAGUUUUACACAAUUCGAUGUGUAAGAAUUAAUAUACGAGAGAUUACCAUAAUAUUUGGCAACAAUGGCUGUUGAUCGGCAAUGAUAUGCAUUUUAAUCUGUGAAACGAAUAGAUCUUCAUUUUACCGUUAUAAAUAAACAUACCAACCUGAAAAAUAAACGUUUUGGUUCCUAUUCGAACAGCAAAUAAAGUUUGAAAACAAUGAA